AUGGCUGAGAUCGACUUCAGCGUGCUUGAAAAAGUCAAGAAGAGGCUUCAGGGGCCUUUGGAUGUCGAGGAUUCCCCUACCCAAAUCAUUGACGAUGCUACCCAAGUGAUUCUGAAGCCAGAUACUCAGAACUUGGAUGAUACACAGAGGGUGGAAGAAACACAGCAACCAAAUGAUACGGAGAUUGAUUUUGGCCAGUCCAUGCUUUUUGCACAGCCUACACAGAAAAUCCAGGUUCCGCUGAAGGUGCAGCAAACCCAGGCCAUCAAGCUUCCUCAACUAGGUCUAGAGGAUGUGGAAGUGUUGAAACCCGAUGCUUCUACCCAGGUGAUUCCUCCACGUCAGCAAGCAGAGGAAUUAGAAGCUGACCUUACCAAGACAUCGCUUACGGAUGAGGAGAACGAAAUAGCUGCAGAUAACGCCGAGACAACCAUGGACUCGUCUAUACAGAAGACCGUCACGACAAAGACCGAGUUGGAGGAGAUCCAAAAGCAGCUCAGCGAGGAGAAAAGAGCCAGGUCGAUUAAGCCAGCUUUUGAAAAGCGCCAAAUUGAUCCAGUCAACCGUUUGGUUGCUGCAUUCGAGUCCGACUCCGAGGAUGAACCUGCCAAGGUCUUAAGCGACCACGCCCUUCCUAAACUGAGCCCUACAACUUCACCCGUGAAAAACACCAAAGCCGGCAUGGUGGAGCUUUCCGAUUCUGACGACAAUUCCGACUUUGAGACCACCAACGUGCUUGACUUCAUUUCGAAAGCACGCUCACCCCGUCUGCCUGUGAUGAACAUCCAAAAGAACCCAAUGGAAACCUACGCCAUGAACCUCAAGCGCCAGAUCCUUUCAUCCCCCACGCGGCAAAGUGAAGAGAACCCUUCCAUCAAGCUCGAUGAUUCUGAUGACGAGGAGAAGGGAAUUCCCGAUCUAACGAAAGACCAACGGCUCAUGAUAAAGCAAAAGUUUGCCAAGAGAAAGCUCGAGAACACUAAGAAGGCAAUCUUUUCAAGAUUUCAGCAUUUGCAUUCUUCGAAAAACCCCAACAAACUCUUCCAAGAACUUAAAAAGGCCAAUGCUAAGCAACUCCAUGAACUCAAGCGCGAGAAUGGUGACGCUGAGCUUAUUGAGGAGAUUGAAAAAGAGGAAGAGGAGAUGGGAACCUUGUUGGAGCGUGAAAUCGAACGUGUUCGUCGUAUCAGAAAGAAGGAGAAACUCAAAGAGAAGGCUGCGCAAGCACUUCUAACUGGUAAGAUGGGUGGAAGUGAUGAUGACGAAGAUGGUGACUAUCACGAUGGUCUGGAUGAUGCGGAGGCCGUACCAGACAGUGACGGCGACCCUGAAGAAUCAGACUACGGGCUGGAAGAUAAUGAGGAAGACGGUGAUGAGACCGGACUUGUCAAAAGAAGACGCAGGGUUGUACUUUCUGAUGACGAAAAUGACAGCGCAGAUGUCACUCUGUCUCCCGUUAAGAAAGCUCCUGUUGAGCGUGAAAGAAGACACGAUGACAGCUACAUGUUCGGAGGCCCUGCCAGUGGCUCCAACCCCGAGUCAGAGGAUGAGGAAGAGGUAAUGCAUGUUCAGAGUGAUAAUACGCCACAUUCUCAGCCAACUGAGCAAUUUCACGACUUCACUAAAGAAGAUCAGGAAACUUCUGGUUCCCACAAACUCUUUCAGAACCUCGGUCCUCGUGAUUCCAACUCCCAGGCAACCAAUGUUUCUUUUGCAGACGACUCCUUGGACAAAAGUAUUGAAGUUCCUUCAUUCCAAGACAUUCCUCCAACGCAAACUUCAGUGGACUCCCAAAGCAUUUUAGCUACUCAAGCUGACGUCAUCCCAUCUCAAUUAGCAGCAUCUACUCAAAAUGAUGAAGCAUAUUCGGAUGACGAAGAUGAUUACCCUGCAGCUGUUUCCAAAGGAAGGAAACUAGUCAAGAGCCAUCUUCAGCCUGUGGUUGAGAAUGAAGAAGAGGAAGAGGAAGAAGAAAAGGUAGAUGAAGAAGAGCUCAAAGAACGCCUUGCGUUCUACGAAGCGAAGAUUCGCCGUAAGGAACUCAAGGCACGUCGCAAGCGGAAAGAGUUGGAAAGAAAAGGUAUGAAAGGCAUGGUCGAAGGUGAGGCCGAGGAGUCCGAAGAUGAAUGGAAGGGGAUUGGUGGUUUAGAUAAUGAUGAGAGUGACCAAGCCAAUUCCGAAGAUGAACGAAUGAUCGAUAACACGCUCAACCUUGACUUGAACGACGAAGAAAUCAGGAAGAAGUUCAUGGAGGAGUACCAGAUCAAGGACAAGAAAGACUUGGAGAAGUUGAUGGAUGAUAUUAAGAACCAUAGGCUUACUAAGCGGGCUCGUGGCAAUGGUUUCGAUAUCGAAUUGAGUGACGAGGAAGACGAAUUGUUGAUGGCUUACAGACGUCAAAAGCUCGAGGAACAGAAACAGCGACUCAUGGAAAGCCAGAAGCUCCAGAAGUUGGCAAAGAAUGAUCGUGCUAAGGCCUUCUUUGCGUCGAUUCAAGAUGAGGUUUUGUCUGUGGCUCUUGACGAGGAUUCAGACGAGGAUGAGCAGGAAUCUCAAUCCACUCAAGAGGAUCCUAAGAAGGGCGAUAGCCAGGCUACCGAGGAAGACGAGCAAGAAUCACAACCUAAGAAGAGAAUUCUACAUCUCGAAGAGUCAUUCGUGCAAAAGAAAUUAUCUUUCCUUUCUAGAAACGAUGAAGAUGACUAUGUUACUAUCCAAAAUUUGUCUAGACGCCAGCAUGGUAUCAACUCAGACGAUGAAGUCGAGGAUAUCCGCACACUCAAGAACAGAAGUAUGAUGAACUUGUUCAAGUCUGCUACUCCUGAAGUUGUUGAAGAUGAAGACAACAGCAAGAAGAGACUGAUUGAUGAAGUGGCAACAGACGACGAUGAUGACAACGCCAACGAGAGUGACGAUGGAUUAUCUCAAGUGUUCAAGAAGCCUUCAGUCGUGAGUCUGUUCAGGUCCUUCAGGGGUAAGGGUGACAUUCAAGUCUCGAGUAAUUACUUCUCGGGAGUGACUGUUAACAAGCAAUACAAGGUGGCUACCGGUUCGGAAGCAUCCAUCUCAUACAUGUCACGGGCAAGCAAGAAGAAGGAGAACAAAAAGCUCGAUUUCAAGAGCACAAAGGCCUUGAAGAUUGAGCAAGGCUUGAGGGAAGUUAAACAGAAGAACUUCUCAAGCAAAAUCUUUAACUCGAACACCAGUUUUGAGUAA